CUUUCUCGCCAUGUUGCGGCCUCGAGACGCGCUCGUCUGCGCGCUUCUCGUGUCCUGCACGAGCUGCCUGGGUUUAAACGCAGGUACCGAGAGCCUCCACAAAUCGUCCGCCCGCAAGCUCCAAGGCCGCUUUCUCCAUAUCACAGAUUUCCACCCGGAUCCCUUCUACAAGACCUAUUCGAGCACCGAGCAAGAUGCAGCCUGCCAUCGCAAACGCGGGCCCGCCGGAUUCUACGGCGCCGAGACGUCCGCCUGCGACUCGUCCAUGUCGCUCAUCAACGCAACCAUGGCCUGGGUGAAAGAGCACCUGGCCGACAAGGUAGACUUCGUGGUAUGGACUGGCGACUCCGCACGCCACGACAACGACGAGAAGAUCCCGCGCACGCAGAAACAGAUCAUCAGGCAAAACGAGUUCAUGGUCACAAAAUUCGCCGAGGUCUUCGGCAAGCAGGACAAUAUCAACGACACCGACCCGACAAACGAUUUUGUCAUUCCCAUCGUGCCGACAUUUGGUAAUAAUGACAUUAUGCCGCAUAAUAUUCUGCUAGCGGGGCCCAACAAGUGGACGUUGAGGUACCUGGAUGUUUGGAGGAACUUUAUUCCCGAGGCACAGCGGCACCAAUUUCAACAGGGUGGCUGGUUCUACGUAGAGGUCAUCCCUGGGAAGCUAGCUGUCAUCAGCAUAAAUACCAUGUACUUCUUCAGCUCGAACUCUGGCGUCGACGGCUGCGCGAACAAGCAUGAGCCAGGAUUUGAGGAGUUCGAAUGGUUGCGUAUACAAUUGCAGCUCUUGCGAGAUCGCGGCAUGAAGGCGAUGCUGAUGGGUCACGUCCCACCCGCGCGGGUUGACAGCAAGGAAAGCUGGGAGGAAACGUGCUGGCAAAAGUUCACCCUGUGGCAGCGGCAGUACCGCGACGUCAUCGCCGGUUCGUUCUUCGGACACAUGAACAUCGACCACUUCAUGCUCCAAGAUUUCAAGCAGCUUAAAAAAGACACGAAGAAUGGCAUCAUGGCACCUGCCAGCAAAGUAAAGAGCAAGAAGGGUGAAGUGAGCUUGCUAGAGGAUGGCGAGGUCACUAUAGCAUCUGCUUCAGAUUACUUGCUUGAUCUGAGACAGGCUUGGGCCAAACUGCCUUCUCCGCCGUCCAAGAACUCGCUUUCAAUAGCCGACUACGUCGACGCCGAGGAGGAAGAGAAGAGCUUUUCCGUCUGGCAAUGGAUCGUCUCCAAGCUCUCAAAGUCUAAGAAAGGCGCGAAAAAGGGAAAGACUCCGAAAACCAGCAAGAAGAAGUACCUCGACAGAAUCGGCGGCAAAUACGCUGAACGCUACAGCAUCGCCCACGUCUCGCCCAGCGUCGUCCCCAAUUACUUCCCCACGCUCCGCGUCUUCGAAUACAACAUCACGGGAAUGGAAGACAUCAUCAUCCCGGUCACCCAUAACCGGCCGAAGUCUGCACAAUUCCCUCUCCAACAGCUGCCAGUCACAGAUGGCGACUUGUUCGACGACGAAGUCUAUCUGCAGGAUAUCCAGAGUAUCCUGAAAACGAAGAGCAAGAAGAGGGAAAAAGGUGCAUUGAAGAAGCCGAAGAAGUACAAGUUCAAGGUUCCAAAGGGACCAUCUAAGUCCUCACCGCCGGGCCCUGCAUACUCCCCGCAGCCUCUUACUCUCAUGGGCUACACGCAAUACUUCGCCAACCUAACAUACAUAAACAACGACUUUGUCUCCGAAUCCCUCCCUGCCUCCACCAACGAUGACUCCUCGUCGCACAUGAUUUUCGGCCUGGAAGUCGACGAAGGCGGUGUGAUCGAAGCAGCGAAAUGGAAAGAAGGCAAGCACGGCCAACACCAGGGGAAGAAGCCGCGCCCAAAACCGCACCCGAAGAAGUUCGCCUUUGAGGUCGAAUAUGACACGCGAACAGACAAGGUGUUCAAGCUCAAGGAUCUGACGGUGAGGAGUUAUGUUGAUCUUGCGAGGAGGAUUGGGCAGGAUCAUACUUCCUCUGUCACAGCUUUCGAAGACGAAUACCUCGAGGACGAUGAAUGGGAAGGGGAUGACGACUUUAAUCAAGAAGACGAUGAAGAGGACGGGGAUAUAGAGGACAUGAAGAAGGGAAACAAGAAGAAGAAAGGCAAGAAGGGAAAGAAGAAGAAGGACAAGAACAGCGCGUGGUUCACCUUCGUCAAGCGCGCUUUCGUCGCCACUAUGGAUCCGCGCGAGAUCGAGGAGUUGUUCAGCGCUCGUGCCGAGUCCCCCGCCGCAGAAGAUCAAGAAGUCAUGGAGUUGUGAAGAAGAGCAUACACCUAUGGCUUAUGCAUGGCAAGGUGGUUGAUAUACCCUGGGAAGGAACUACAUUUUAGACUUUAGCGAUUGUCUUCAUUAGAUUUUGCAUGAUAUGACUGACGAGACGGGUUGGGCAUCAGCGGCGCUAUUACAUUGGCUUACUUUGUAGAAUUGUGGAGUAUUAACUUUUUCGCUUCAUCGCAAUGUUGCUCUUUUCGCAUGACUCUUGUCGCCUUGAGAUCAACCCUACAACUGCUUGCCAACUUAAUUUAUGCUGUCUCGUGCAGCCCCCGGGAUCUCAUGAACACAAAUAGCUCCACCUGCACAUCAGUGACCCCCUGGGCUAGAGAAACCGACCAUCAUGAGGCUCGGAGUCGCUCUUCACGCCGAGUCGAU